AUGGCUAGCCUCAGCUUUAUAAUGGAUGUCACCGACGACCACCAGCCGGUCGCUGGCCGUCAGCCCCUUGAUAAAAGGGACAAGGGCGCGAGCAAACCAGCCAGUGCCGGUCCGCUCCGUGACGCUCCAUCCAUCCCGCAAGCAGGCCCAAGACAUGCUAGUAGUCGCGACCUGCACUCUGCCGAGAAGGAUAUCGACCAGACCGCCCCCGCCGGCCAGACCAAAACGCGCAGUGCACCCUCACGGCGCGCCAGGCCCGCUGCAGCAAUAUCAGGGCCACAAAAGACAAAAGCCGAGACAGCAGCCGCUCCCACAGUCUCAUCGCCAUCACCAUCCUCACCAUCAUCCUCAUCCUCAUCCUCGUCCUCGUCCUCGUCCUCGUCAUCACCGCCCCUGCCAGCAUCUACGGCGCGGCAAUCGAAGAGGCGCCGCAAGACAAGCGACGAGUCGAUGGACCGGACACGUUAUGGCCCCGCCGGCCCAUCGCCAUCCCCGGGCGGGGGCUUACAAAGACCAAUGCCUCUUCAUCCGUCGGCUGCCGCUCAGUUCGUUCCGAGGAUCACGCCUAAGACGAGGCGGGUUAGCAAGGCAAAGAAAGGCUUGCGGGUUCAUGUCUGCAACAUCUGCAGCACGCCCAAGACCUUCACGCGGGCAGAGCAUCUACGGCGUCACCAGUUAGGCCACGGAGAACCGCAGUUCCAGUGUUCCGGUUGUGGGAAAGCCUUCCACCGGGCUGACCUGCUGGCACGACAUCAGCAAAAGCAUGAGCACGACGGUGACGGGGUUUCAAGGUCCGGUUCCAUCCAGCAGAGCCCUCGCCCUUCUCCGCGAGCCCCUUCUUUCCAGUCUCAGCCUUCACCUCGGACCCCGGCCGUGGCCGUGGCCGUCUCUCCUUCGUCGGCCCAUAUCCCGCCCACACCCAAUGCCGCCACGGGGCAUCAGCCCGGCUACAGGCCACCCAGUAGCUCUUCACGGGACUACAACAACGCCUACACGCUCUCCCCGACGAUUUCCGUUGUCAGCCCGGCGCAGCCGUCGUCGCUGACGGGUUGUUAUCAAAGUCACGGGGGAAACAAUCAACCGAGGACCGGGCCGGGGCCCAUCUACGUGGUCACCCAGGGGCUCCAGCCGCCAGGCGUACAGCCGACAGAGCUGCCAGACUUGCAUGACGCGUCACCAUGGCCAUCCUCGGCAUCGGAUAGCGCGUAUUCGACAUCGGCAUCAGAGAUCUCUCGGAAUCCGCGACCUUGGACGGGCGGCCACCGGUCGCCGACGGCUGGCUGGACUACUCCGCAGCGACCCUCGCCGUAUGCCAGCACGGCAUCGCGCGGCCUGCAGAAUUCCGGAGCCAGAGUCCGGGGUACUCCGGCCCCCCUGUUCGUCGACUCGUAUGCGAACUCGCAGCCUUCGGAGCAUCAAUUCGGGGACAUGCUCAACGUGCCAACGUCGAUAAGCUUUUCUGCUUCUCCCACGGCAGGCGGCCACCAUCCCCCGCUGAGCGCAUCGACGGACAGCACUGUCCGUUCGCACCACCACCGCCGCCGCCAACACAGCAGCUCUAUCUCAUCUGUCCGUGGCCGGAGCUCCCCGCUUGCUGCGCCUCCUCACCCGAACGAGACACUCGUGGUGCCUGCGCCUGCCGCCCCGGGCAGCCUGAACCCACUGCUCGGUCUUGAACGGCGAAAGGCAGUCGUGAUGGAGGGCUUAAUGGGACCGCAGGCCGCAAUGGGGGGCCUGGAUGUGCUGGACGGCCUUGCCAUCGGGUACGGCGCCGGCGGGAGCAACGCAGCCAGCCCUGCGGCCGAUAACGUCAGCCACAGUAGCGGCAUUGUCGCUGAACUCGACCUGGCCAUGGGAGGCGGCUGUGCCUUGGGGACAGCCUCAUCAAUAACCAUCCCCUUGCCGGGACCGGUCCGAGCCGCCGUUCCGCGGUACCUGGAGAUCUACUGGGCACAGAUCGAUCCGGUCCUGCCGCUCGUCCACCGGCGGCUGUUCGAGGCGGCUCCGGAAGACGUGCUGAGGUGUGCCAUGGCCGCUGUGGCGACGCAGCAUCUGAACAGCAAGGACGACCGCAACAGGGGAAACCAGCUGCAUGAAUUUGCAUGGCAGGAGGUGAAGCGGAUGGCGCGGUGGAGCCUCCAGACCAUGCAAGCCAUCCUCUUGUGCGAAUAUUUUGCGCGCUUCCGGGGCCGCAAGGCUGUGACGCGACCGUCGAAGCCGUUCGAGUCUCUGUACAUGAGGGUGAGUGCUCUGCGGUCCUUUCCUGUCGCGCCGUCCUCUACUCUUGGCGGGGCCGGCGGACUGUGGCUCGUCGACACCACCGCCUGGUCCCCCGCUUCUUCCCCUGCGUCCUCGCCUACUAUUUCUUCCCCUUGUGACUCCAUCACACCAACCACCAGCACAAUGUCUCCUUUUGCGCUGCGCCACUUGAGCCCGCUGCAGACCACCCCCUGGGGCAGUUUCCCUUCUUCCGGGGUUCGAUCAUCGGCUUCUUCUUCACCUUUCGGGAAUUCGUCUCUCCCCUCGCCGGAUCCUUUCGCGGUCCCUGACCUGCCCGCUUCUCUGGGCACUAAUUUUAAUCUUUACUUCUCUACUCCUAAUUCUCGCUCGGCCCGGGCGGGACCGUCAUGGUCCGCUCUCUUUGCUCCCGAUCCUCCCAAGCCGGCGUCGGCACCGGCGCCUCCUCUUUCUCUUACGGGCCCUCCCGCCCAGACUCCGGGGCAGACCUACUCACACUGUGUUCCGAAUCCACAGGCCCUGUACCAGAACCCGGUCCCCUGGGACGACGCCGUGGUCGCAGCCGGUGAGCGGAACCGCUCCAUCCAGGAGCGGUGGCACCACUGGAUCGACGCCGAAUCGCGCCGUCGCCUCUUCGCCGCCUGUCUCUUCGCCGACAGCCAUGCUGCCAUCUACCACCAGCAGCGGCGCGCCGAAGACAGCGAAGCCGAAGUGUACGCCGCGCUCCAGCCAAUCCCCCUUUUUGGCCGCGGCGCCGCCUUGUGGCAAGCUUCCUCGGCAGAGGAAUGGGCAUCUACUCUCUCGGCCGACCCGGGCGCGCUUGACCACCCCGAGCAUGUCCCCCCCGUCGAACAUCUCAGCGCCGAGGACAUAGAGCGGCGCCCUCCCAUCGACCGCAUGGUGAUCCUCGGCGUCCUUGCCCUACGCCUUCCGCGCCGCCAGCGACUACCGCCAGCGGCUGCCCUGUCUGCGAACAACUCCCCGGCGCCGGAGAUGGACCCUCAUCCCACCCAGCAUCUGGGCGGCCACGGCAGCAGCCUCGCCGGCCUGAGCGUGGCCCGCGCCACCGUCUACGCCGCUCGCGCCAUCCUCGCCUUCCUCCACCGCCACGACCCCAUCGUCAACCUGGCCGCCCCCUGGGCUACCGACAUGUCCGAUUACUGGGCAAUGUAUGUCUGCGCGCUGAUCUGCUGGGCUUUCGGACACCAGCACAACCACAGCACCAGGCAGCGGAGCGGUAGCAGCUGUGCCGGCAGUCGGGGUAGCGCAACCACCACCACCACCACCACCAACACUGGUACCGCGGCGACCACUAGCAGCAGCAUGGGGAGCAGUCCUGUGCCCACCCAUGCUGCUUUGUCCUCGUCCCGACCCGCGAGUGUCAUGUCGGUAUCGGAGGCGGCGGCGGCUGACGACGAGGCGGUGAUCUGGCUCAGUAUGGUGGCCGCCGAAGGGAUCAGGCUUGAGGAAGUGAUGCGGAUGCGUGAGCGGCGUGAGGCGAUCGGCGUUGUCGGUCUGGUGAGGCGCAGGCUGGAGAGCGACUGUCUGGGCGCCAGGAGCAGGCUGUAUGUGGAUGCGGUCGGGGUGCUGAGGAAGCUUGAGGAAGGGGUCGACUGGAAGUGGUUCUGA